GUAUAGGAAUCAAGGACAAAUUAGAAAUAUCACAUCUCAAACAAAAUAUGCUUGUGUGCGGGGUACGUUGCCAUAUGCAAUGUUUAUGAACACCAAAAACUCUUAUAAAUACAUACCAAAACCUAGAGUAUAAUGUAAAAAAACCAACAGACUUGAAAGAAACAACUCCUGUCAUAAAAGAUUACAAAACUCCUAAUUUUAUAUGACGAGGAGGGAGAGGGAUUCGUUGGUCGUUGGACGUGUGAUAGGAGAUGUUCUUGAUAGUUUCACAAAGUCGAUUAACCUUACGAUUUCUUACAACGAUAGGGAAGUUAGCAACGGGUGCACACUAAAACCCUCUCAGGUUAUUAACCAGCCUCGGGUUGAUAUAGGAGGUGACGACCUACGAGCUUUUCACACUUUAGUCAUGGUGGAUCCUGAUGCUCCCAGUCCAAGUGACCCUAACCUUAGAGAAUACUUGCAUUGGUUGGUGACCAUAUUCCCGCGACCACUGGAGCACGUUUUGAAUCAAUCCCAAGCACUAUCGGGGCACCCACUGGACAAACGGAGUACUCCGAGAGUAACCCGAGUCCACCACCAAUUACGGGGAAAACCCGGUAACCCACCCGCCCGUAGGCACGACGGUGAAAUUACUGGUAAAACCCGCUUAGCUCAAGGAUCCAACCUAGGUUUCCCUGGGUUUCCUAUCAUUUCCCACCAGGGCCUCACUCUACACCAAGUGAUAGAGGAACUUGCAUCUCUCAAAAGAAAUGCAAGCCUUCACCACUUGAUCUAUAGAUCAUUGACUCGACAGGUCAAGAAGUGGUGUGCUACGAGAGUCCAAGACCAUCAGUGGGAAUUCAUCGAAUGGUUUUCGUGUUGUUCCGGCAGUUGGGUCGAGAAACUGUGUACGCCCCAGGGUGGCGCCAGAACUUCAACACUAGAGACUUUGCAGAGCUCUACAAUCUUGGGUCUCCCGUGGCCGCAGUCUACUUCAACUGCCAGCGUGAAAGUGGAUCUGGUGGACGACGGAGAUAAGAAGAAAGGCAUGUCAAUGGAUAGAGGCGACUAUAUCAACUCAUAUUGAAAGCAUUGAUAGUAGUUUAUAAUAUGUCAAACAUAUAAAGAAGGCUAGCCAUAGCAAGGAAGAAUACUUAUAGAGGAAUAACAACACUUUGAAGUACAAAGUUGUAACUUGGUAUAAGCCUUUUUAUAAGAUUAUAAAUGAAAUAUGCCUCGUCAUUAUGUUCA